AUGAACAUGGGUGCGUGGCAGGCAAAACACCAGAAAAGGAAAGGGCGUCGACGACCUUCGUUACAAUUACAGGGCAAUGGUGAUCUGUUCGUCCAGAAAGUACAACUACGUGAAGCGCACGUCUCGCCCAAAAUCAUUAUUCCUGUGAGCAAACCAAGCCUGCAACGAGCUCCGGAAAGCCUGCGGAAUGUUACUAUUGUCCAAUUACCCAGUGCCAUCCACCAACGAUCUCUGCGCCAUAUGCCUUGCCUGGUCUCUCUAGAACCAUCUCGCAAACGACAGAAGCCUGACGAUGAUCUUGAACAAUCACAACAUCAAUUGAAAAGGCUGAAGCUCGGCGGGCCACCACCAGCAUAUUGGGAUAAUCUGUCAAGAAUUUGGUUGACCAAGGACACUUUACAAGAAUUCGAUCGACGUAAUAGCCCUUCAAACAGGAUAGUGGAGUUGGGACAAUGUCCUUGUCAGCCACUAACUCGACAGCUCCACGCAACACUAAAGAAUUGUUGCCAGAUACCUGCUCUCGAUCCCUUGAGCGGCUGCAAGCCUGAAAGCCUUAAGGAGAUAAAAAGGCUCUCCAGGCGGGGCGGGCCUGACUUGUCUGACCUUAGGAAUUUCCCAGAUCCUCAUACCCCUUUUUAUCAAUCAAUGAGCACAAGCAGUUCAGGCCGCAGGAAGCGAUGUAUGGGGUCUGCUCCAGACAAUAGCGACAAUAAGGCCACUACAAAGACUACAAGCACUACAGUGUAUAAUCAAAACUUUCAACAAAAUCUGGUUGACCAUGGUGUCUAUCCACCUGGAUAUAAAUAUCCCAAUGGCCAGAAACUGGCAAAACCGAAUAACUGGCUUGAGCUCAAUGAAUGA